AUGGACAGCUCUCCCGCCUCGCCUUUGGCCCCCAGGGAUCCCAGCUCCCCUGAAUCUUCGAUCGGCGAACAAAUCGCCACUCUACAGGCCCAGCUUGCCGCUCUGCAGGCCUCGCAACCCGCCGCCGCCGCAGCCGCCGCACCCCCGGCCGUCACCGUCGUGCCGGGGAACGCCGCCACCGCAUCCAAGGUCGUGUUUCCCAAGCACGCUCGUCUGGACGGCCCCAAGUCGUUCACCAACUGGUUGCGUCAACUCCGUCUUGCACUCCCGAACCAGGUUCGUGGUUACGUUCUCGACGGUGUCGUUCCCCCGACCUGGACCGCCGACCAGCUUGCCGCACGUGACGACGCCGCCCGGGAAAUCAUCGUUGGCUCUAUCGACUCCGCCGACGUAUCGGCCACCCUCGACGCCAUCCCCAGCGACGACCUGUCGGCACCGCGCAUCUUUGCCGCUCUCAAGGCUCGUUUUGCACCGGACGACGCUACACGCACUCUCGAGUUGUUCGCUCGCCUUUGGGACUUCAGGAAGAUGCCUGCCUCCGUCGAGGCCUACGACACUUGGCUACGCGAGUACAUGUCGAUUGCUCAGGAAAUACGCGACGCCAAAACAUCGCUCAACGACGUGCUCGCCACCCACGUGCUCGCCAUGGUCCCGUCUUGCCUCGACAGCUUCCGACUCACGUUCACGGACGAGCAGCGAAACCGACGCGACCUUCCCGAACUUGUCAGGCAAACAGCGAUACACUGA